ACGAGGGUCUCGCCGCAAAUUUGCUCCCGCUUCCUUCCUUCCUUCCUGCCGCCGUUCUCGUUCUCCUUCGGCGAUGGCCGCCGAUCCCAACCAGAAGAAAGUCGUGGUGAACUUCCAGUCGGUCGCCAACGCGCCGAAGCUGCGGCAGUCCAAGUUCAAGAUUGGUGGGAAUGAGAAAUUUGCCAAGGUGAUUGAAUUUCUUCGCGUCAAAUUCACCAGGACACAGUGUUUCUCUAAUGUGAACAGUGCAUUUUCACCGAACCCAGAUGAGUUGAUAAUUGAUUUAUACAAUAACUUUGGAAUUGAUGGGCAGCUGGUGGUCAAUUACGCAUCAUCGUUGGCAUGGGGUUAAAAGCUGUACCUGCUGGAUAUUAGCUUCAGCAAGCGUGUGAACCCCUUUCUCUAG